GACUUGCGGAGGAAGAAGAUAUCAUGGAUCCAGGCCGUCUUCGUCCUCAUUGCCGAGACUAUCUCACUCGGAAUCCUAUCGUUACCUGCUGCGGUCGCUGAUCUUGGAAUGAUUCUUGGUGCCAUCAUGAUUCUAUUCUUCUCGGUCAUUACUACAGGCGCUAGCUUCAUGCUCUACAGGCUCAAAAUCCAAUACCCGAAGCUUAAGGGAUUCGCAGAUGCCGCAAGGAUGGUCGCAGGACCUGCUGGUGCCGUGGUUGUGGAGACGCUGAAUAUGCUUCUCCUGGUCUUCGUAAUGGCAGCGCAUAUCUUGACAUUCAGCACGGAAGCCCAUGCUAUUGCAGGCCAUGACAUGUGGAAGUGCACGGUGGUCUUCAAACUCAUUGGCCUGAUCAUUUGCCUGACUUGUACACUUCCAAGGACGCUCAAGUCGCAGUCGUGGCUAUCACUGGUAUCCUGCUGUUCCAUCAUCACCGCAACCAUGAUAGCACUGAUUGCAAUCGCGAUCGAGAAGCCAGGUGUGGGCUCUGCACGCGCAUCGCCACCCGUAAAUGUGACCGACUUCGCCGACUGGUCUCUGGCAAUCAGCAACAUUCUGGUCUCGUUUGCGGGAAGUCUUGCCUAUUUCCAUGUCAUGGAGGAGAUGGAAAGGCCACGAGACUUUCCAAAAGCUCUCGUAGCUACCAACAUCAUUAUGGUUAGCAUGUAUAUCGUAGUGGGCAUCGUCAUCUACUGGUACGCAGGACAAGACGUGGCAUCUCCAGCACUAGGCUCAGCAGGUUCUUUGAUCAGGAAACUAUCUUACGGCAUUGCGACUCCCACGAUCGUCGUUGCUGGAGUCAUCGCAGCGUAUCUGGCAUGUAAGAACGUGCAUCGCUUUUGGUGGGACAAAGUUAGACAUCAACCAGAUGUUGUGUACGAGCAAAGCUGGAGAUCAAGAAGCACGUGGGCCAUCAUAGUCGCUUUCCUGUGGAUUCUGGCUUUUGUCUUAGCAAACGUCCUACCGUUCUUCAGUCCGCUUUUGGCGCUGAUAGGAGCGAUUUCUGGAACGUGGAUAUGUCUUGGUCUG